AUGGCUAUUGCCAUGGGCUGGCACAAACCCGACAAUGUCGCCGGGUCCUCUGCGCCCGCCAUCAUGGUCGGUCUCUUCGUCGCUACCGGCGGUGUUCUGUUCGGCUAUGAUACGGGCACCAUCAAUGGCAUCCUCGCCAUGACAUCGUUUAGGGAUCAAUUCAGCACCGGUUCUGUCGACGAGGACGGCGAGCUCGAUCUCCGACCCGACCAGAUCGCCAUCACCGUAGCCAUCCUCAGUGCCGGAACUUUUGCUGGCGCCUUGAUCUCCGCUCCCUUUGGCGAUUGGAUAGGUCGCCGUUUAUCCAUCAUUGCCUCCAUCGGCGUCUUCAUUCUUGGUGUGAUAUUUCAGGUUACCGCCGAUGCUCUUCCGUUAUUAUUGGCCGGGAGAUUCUUCGCCGGCGUUGGAGUCGGCGCCGUGUCUGUGCUUGUUCCGCUCUAUCAGUCCGAGAUGGCUCCCAAAUGGAUUCGCGGGACACUAGUUUGCGCAUAUCAGUUCUCCAUCACCAUUGGUCUAUUGGCCGCUUCGAUUGUGAACCAAUUAACAUAUCAAAUACCAGGCGCUGCUGCCUAUCAGAUUCCUUUCGGCCUUCAACUCACAUGGGCCGUAGUCUUAAGUCUUGGUCUGCUCAUCUUGCCAGAGACACCGCGAUAUCUCAUCAAACGUGGUGAUAAACUCGCAGCUGGUCUCGCUCUUAGUCGUUUAAGACGUCUUGAUAUUACACAUCCAGCCCUUCAGGAGGAGCUUGCUGAGAUUGAAGCCAACCAUGAAUACGAACUCGCUCUCGGCAGCGCAUCAUACCGCGACGUCUUUACGGGAUCUCCACACCUUGGCCGCCGAAUUCUCACAGGUUGCGGGCUUCAGAUGCUCCAGCAACUCACUGGUAUCAACUUCAUUAUGUAUUAUGGGACCACAUUCUUUCUCGGUGCCGGCGUUAAUAACCCCUUCACGAUUUCUCUUGUCUUGAACGUCAUCAACGUCGUCUCUACUGUUCCCGGCCUGUUCGUUGUCGAAAGCUGGGGCCGUCGGAAGCUUUUAAUCGUCGGCUCGAUUGGAAUGGCCAUAUGUCAACUAGUUAUUGCCAUCUUCUCGACUGUGGCUUCCGAUAUGAAGGGGCUGGUUGCGAAACUACUUAUUGUUUUCCUCUCCUUUUUCGUUUUCUUCUACGCCGCAUCUUGGGGCCCAGUCGCCUGGGUGGUCACUUCAGAGAUUUAUCCCCUCAAGGUUCGAGCCAAAUCCAUGUCCAUUUCCACGGCUUCCAAUUGGCUACUCAAUUUUGGCAUCGCAUACGGGACGCCAUUCUUAGUUGAAGAAGGAACUGGAUAUGCCUCUCUCGGUUCCAAGGUCUUUUUUCUUUGGGGGGCCUUCUGUGUCCUAGGGGCCAUCUUCGUUUAUUGUAUGGUUUUCGAAACUAGCAAGAUCAGUCUUGAACAGAUCGACGAGAUGUAUGAACGGGUACACCUUGCGUGGAAGAGUAAGGGUUUUGAACCAAGCUGGAGCUUUCAACAACUGCGUGACGAAGGGUUCGCUGAUAGCGGUAUUCCACCGACGGAGCAUGAGCUGGAACCUUCGAGAACAGGUUCAACAGCGACUGAUUCGAGUAUACAAACGAUACAAACGACAGGGCAUCACACGGAAAACAGCGAAUCGGAAGAGGAUAAAGCAGUUCGCGAGUUAGGACUGAGCAACGUCGACUUUAGCUAUUGA